ACAUGCCUAUCAGAAAAAAGAUUGUGUUGUAUAUACUUUUGUUGCUUCUUGUGUUACUUUGGUUCAUAGGUGUAAAAAAUAGAGAUCCAAAUCAAUAUGAUAACAUGAAGAGGACAUUAGAGCUGUAUGAAUACCAGUUAAGAGAGUCAAAGGAGCACAUGGCCGAGACGAUGAAGAUGCUUGGUCGUAGGGACUGUGUGGUUUGGGAUGCGGAGCUACCAGUCAUCUACGCUAUCACAACACCAACUUUUGCGAGGCGGCCUGUCCAGAAAGCAGAGCUUACCAGGCUGUCACACACUCUGAUGUUAGUCCAGAAUCUACACUGGAUUGUGGUUGAGGACUCUGACCACAAGACUGCUUUAGUUACUAACCUGUUGACUGACUCCCGACUUAACUUUACUCAUCUUAAUGAACCAACACCAGCAGAGUGGAAACACAAACCCAAGGAGCCGAACUGGGUAAAGCCACGUGGAGUGCUACAGAGAAACCGUGCCCUUGCCUGGCUCAGGGAUAACCUCAAUCCUGACACUGACAGAGGAGUUGUUUACUUUGUGGACGAUGACAAUUCCUACAGCCUGCAGAUAUUCAGUGAGAUGAGGUUCACGAAGGAAGUGAGUGUGUGGCCAGUCGGACUGGUCGGAGGGCUGCUGGUGGAGAAACCAGUUGUCAACGAAACAACAGGUCGAGUGGUGGGUUGGAACAGCCAGUGGAGACCUGAGCGGCCAUUCCCCAUUGACAUGGCAGGGUUCGCUAUCAACCUGCAACACCUCCUCAGACACCCACAGGUUAAGUUCCAGCUACAAGUGAAAGGGGGUUGGCAGGAGAGUGAGCUGUUGACACACUUAACUACCAAGGAGCGGCUGGAACCGUUAGCUGACGGCUGCACCAAGGUGUAUGUGUGGCAUACAAGGACUGAAGCUCCGAAACUAAAUAUGGAAGACAAACUGAUUGCAAAAGGAAAGCCUUCUAAUAAAGGAAUAGAAGUCUAGACUGUUUAUAACCAAACCACUCACAGAAAAACAGUUGAUAAGAACAGUUCUUUGUUAUAUUCAAAAGUUGUGUGAUAGUGGAAGUUUAUUUGUAAAACAUUACUUGUGAAGUUGAUCAACAGUGUUUUAAUUUUAAAUAACUUUAUUAUAUUAAUAUGUAACUGUUGUAUUAUGUUAGUUAAGCCAUUGUUUAUCUCAAAAGUAUUUUUAAUUUUUAUAACGAGAACAAUAAUUGUUUCUAGACAUUUAAAAAUGGUGUGAUAGUGGAAUUUAAGUCAAUUUGUUAAAUAUGUGCUUGAGGAGUUGCAAAACAAUGUUUUAGUUUUAAGGAAUUGUGUUAUACGUGUUUGUAUCUGUUGUAUUUUAUUAGUUAAAACUGUUAAUUUUUAUUGAAAGUUUUGUAAAUCAUUAUAGUAACAGUUUUAUAGCUUCAUUGGUGCAUUAUGAUUUUACUUAAAUAAUACCACUAUAAUAAACAAUUAUAGUUUAAGAACCGAAUUGAUAUUGUAUAAAUGAUUUUCAUUGCUCUAUUUGUUAAGAUAUUACACAUUAUUACAAGAAAUUAAUUUAUAGACUAUAUAAGUUAUUUUAAAAUCAAUAUGUAGGUAAUUGGUAUUUUAACUUAUAUUAAGUUUGUUGAAUCUCAAACCUACCACAUUUAAAAGGUUUUUUGUAUAUAAGAUGAUGAAUAUCUAUAGACACUAUUUUUUUUUUUUUUUUUAAAUUGCUGUUACAACUCUUUUGUUCUGUCUACUUACCCUACUUUCUGACUGAAAUACCAUUCCAAAUAGAGAUAAGAUAUCUUUUCAAUGUCUAAUUUAUUUUAUUUUUAACAAAGGUACAAUAAUACUUCACACAAAAAUCUGCAAUAUUUUACCCUUUUAAAUGCACAUUAAUUUCUAAAAAUAAAUGCUUGUUUUAGUCUCUGUUGCAGGCCAUAUUUACGUAGUUGUUGAUCUUGCAAAUAUCUUUUACAGGUUUUAUGGCAUUAACUAUUUGAAUCUCGUAUUUGUAACUUGUAAAUUUGUAACUAGUUUGCUAAGGCUUCAAAGGUGCUAUAAACUAUAAGCUAGUUUUAUAUUUAGAAUUGUAACAGAAUGUUUUGGAAGAGAUGGAUGACUGUUACAACACAAGGGUAACGUAAUGUAAAGUAUACUCAUAGAAUAAACCAUGUAUUAGUUAUA